AACCCACUAGGGAUUUUGCCAAUUUGCUUGAGCGUUUUCUUUCUUCAGUGCCCACCUCUGCCACUUCGACGUGCACCACUUGCUUCCGGCAACAGAUCACGACCCAACUACCAAAGAUGUCGGACACACGAUCCAUUCGCGAUGCAGCGGAUCUCGAUGAAGAGUUUCCGCCCCUUGCCCAGUCUGCAGAGUGGAUGACAGUCGACCCAAGCAUCCUCUCCCACGGCGCCUUCGCUCUGCAGAACAACAUGGCGGCGCUUGCAAACCGUCACGACCAGUACUAUCGUGCAAUCCUCCGCAAGUUCAUCGCAUACAAGGCAACAACUCGUUCCAGCCUGCGUGCCAGCGGUACGCCCACUAGCGAAACACCUGAACCAGAGCAUCAGGACACAAGCGCCACUCCCAGCCCCACUUCCAGUGUCGGUUCGAGUGUCAUCGAGACCACGGAGUCGAAAGAUGCCAGAAGUCAGGAGGAGUCUGCAGCGGCCAAGCAGCCAGAAACGCAAGCAGAAGACCAGCGUGGACAUUCUGAGGUGGAUGCUAAGACAGAGGUCGAGGAAGCGGAAGAGGCAAAGUCUGAGGGCGAUGUCAGGGAGUAUGAAGACGUCGUGGUGGAUCCGGCUUGAGGCAGUCCCCUCGAUGAUGCCUACGAUGGAGAUGCGUGGAUUUCAAAGUGCGAACGUGAGAUUAUGCAGGAGAUAAAGCACUAGAAACUCAUGUCAUUUCGUUCCGAU